AUGGCCCAGAUGUUCCCGGAAGGAAGCACAAUGCAGGAAGCAGCGGUGCCGGUGUGUGCACAGGGUGUGUGCCCUGGGAGCCCCACAGACGUGGCAGCUCUGAGUGGGGGCCAAGCCCUCCUUUACCUGGCUGGCUGCCAGUCCCAAGGGAGCAGUGCACUGUCUUGCUGUCGCGGACGCUGGCGCCGCUUCCUCACCCCUGCCUUGGGAGCCCUGUGGCCGCGGCCCCAAAGACCUCAUACCCGCAAGACGGGGGCUGGAGACAGACAGAGUAGGGACCGUGUCCCCCGGCUUUUGGUAGAAGAACCCAUGGGCCCUGACAAAGGCUGGCCCCACACCUGGCCUUCUCCAGCUGUGAACAGCUGUUCAGGGCAGGAGCCCCAGAGGCAGCUCCUGGAGGCACUGGGUGGGGCCUGGGAACCCCCUCGAGGGAUAGGCUUCCCUGCUCACUGUCCUGUCGCUGUUUUUGUCCUGCUGGCAGUCUGCGUGGUGGCAGUCCGCUCUGGACCAAGGCUGCACCAGGGCCGUGUCGCUCUCCCUGCAGAGCCAGGGGCCCCGAAGCCAGAGGGCAGCAUCUGCCUCAUCCACUGGCAGGGGCUGGGCCCCAAGAUGGAAGACCACUGGGGACCUCUUGUCUCUAGCUCCUGCCCUGCAUCAGAUGGGCCCAGGCCCAGCAUCAAUGAAGUCACUUACCUGUAA